AUGGGCAUGAGCUACCGCCGAUAUUUGAACGGUGCCCGUAUCUACGGGUGCUCGAGCUGUAAGACUCACCUCGCCACAAUCCACUCGAUGAUCUCUCGUGCCUUCCACGGCCAACAUGGUCGUGCGUAUCUCUUCGACGGAGUCGUGAACGUCAUUGAGGGGGAACCCAAUGACCGUGUCAUGACCACGGGCAAUCACACUGUGCGCGACAUCUAUUGCUGCAAGUGCGGGCAGACCCUGGGAUGGAAAUACGACCGCGCCUACGAGGCCUCGCAGAAGUACAAGGAGGGCAAGUUCAUCCUCGAACGCAAUCUCCUUGUCGACGUGCAGUGA